AUGCAGCAACAACAGGUCAGGGCGGCUCUUGCUCAGCCCAACGGUGCCAACAAGAGCGUAUUGAACCAGGCAGUCCUGGGGCUGGGCGGGCUCCUGCCCCACUACUCAUGGUCCCAGCCUGACGGUCCUGCCCACGCCCCUUCCUUCACCGCCUCAGUCGAGGUGUGCAUACCGGGACAGGCGAUGGUGGAGGGACGUGGCCAAAGCAACUCGAAGAAGAGAGCGGCCGACGUCGCGGCUGCCCACGCCUACCGACAGUUGGUGGACCUGGGACUGGCGCCCGCCAUGAACGAGAAGCCCACGGAGACCGGACCCGGCACGGAAAGGCCAGCUGGCGCACCCAAGAACAGGACGGUUGAGGGCGUGGUCAGGGGCCAGCCCCCGCGCAAGCGGAGCCGCGGUGACGACGAGAUCGCGGCGGCCCUGCCGCGCCUGCCGCACGCGUCCGGUGCCCCCGUCACGUGCUACGCGUACGCUCUGAGCUUGCCCGAUGUCGACAUGGGCCGCGACUACGAGCACUUUGCGGGCCUGCGGUUCGCGGGGUUCCACCUGAUCAGCUCCACGUCCCUCCACAUUCCCCAAUUCAAGUUAUGCGGGGAAAAAUUCGAGCGUGUCCGGGUGCUUGUGGCGCCGGAGAGGCAGCUGCGGCUAUCGGCCCCGGAGCUGCAGGUCGUGCGGGAUGUCCAUGAGCACCUCUUGCACACCAUCCUGCGCGUGCAGCAAAAACUACAGUUCACGCCCGGCAGUCUCUACAUCCUCCCACGAGAUACGCCGGAUCUCAUAGACCAUGAUGACGACCUGCGGCUCCCAUUUGUCAAGUCCCUGAUAGACCAGCGCGUGCCGGCCUACGAUCGCUUCCACGAAAUCCUGCGCCAGACAGGCGUCGAGCUCGGCCAGCCCAAGAACGGCCCCCCUGACCAGCAGGCCGCGCUACCAGACUCCGCCGAAAGCCUUCGCCGGGCGCAGACGCGCGUCGACGCCGAGUUCAGUGGCCGCAUCUUCUUUACCACAUACAACGACUCAGCCUAUGUGCUGUGUGGCGUCAAUACGGACAUCACGCCGCAGCAUUGGUUCUGCAGCGCGGACCGUCAUUGGACGUCGUUCGCGCAGUACUACCGGCAAAAGAAGGGCAUCGAGCUGGCACACGUGCAGCAGCCCAUGGUCGUGGCCAACCAAUGCAACGUAGGCGCUCUCGCCAACAUCCUUCCCGGCACCGGCACCAUCAUCCCAGGCACCACCACUACCGCCUCCUUCUCUUCCUAUUUGCGCACAAAGCGGCUGACGUUCGAGAUGAGCACCACGCACGUCCACUACCUGCCCGGCAUCCUCAACCACUGCCACGACCUGCAGCUGUUCUACGCCCGCGCCGACCGAUUCCAGCAGGCGGGACACCUGCCCUUCAUCAACCGGCGCCUACUCAAGGAGGCCUUUACGCAUUCCACCUUUGCGCACGCACGCGAGGUGGACACGACCCACAACGAGCGCCUGGAGUUCCUCGGCGACGGGGUCCUUGAAUUCCUCGCUGUCACUCGCGUCUUCCUGCGCCACCCCACGCUCACGGAGGGCGAGCUGACGGAGAAGAAGAAGCGCUACACCCGCAACGCCGUGCUGGCGCUGGCGGCCCAGGAGCUCGGCCUGCCGGAGUGCCUGCUCGUGACCGGCCACCCGAUGUCGAACCCGCAGGGCGCCGCCAAGGUGUCGGCCGACCUCCUCGAGGCCGUGAUCGCGGCGCUCUUCCUCGACCAGGGCAUCGACCAGGCCAAUCGCUUCUGCGAGGCCGUGCUCUUCGACCGGCAUCAGGGCGGCACUGAUGGCGAGGGCGGUGAUGACGAUCAUGCUCGCGCUGAGUCUCGCCCCUUCGUCCGCAGCCCGCUCUACGCCAAACCGACCGACCCAGCACUGGGCACAGACAUCUCGGCGCGAGAGGCUGCGGAUGUGGCGGGCCUGGAGUCCGCCCUGGGGUUCGCCUUUGGCGAUAAGGGCUACCUGCAGCAGGCCGUGACCCACAAAUCGUUCGCCGGCAGCGGCAGCAAGGGAGAUGGUGGCAACAUCGAGGAGAAGGGGAAGGAGAAGGAGAAGUCGACAGACGACCCCGAGGUCCAGGGGCGCGAAGGGGCGCCGAGGUACGUGGCCGAAGGAUCCUACGAGCGCCUGGAGUUCCUCGGUGACUGCCUCCUUAAGUUCAUCACCUCCGUCCACCUCUACUUCACCGCCCCCACAGAUGUCCGCGAGGACACGCUGACCGACCGGCGUUCGAUGCUGGUGCGGAACACAUGGCUGGCCCAAUGCACCGCGAGGCGCGGUCUCGACGCCUUCCUUCUGCACGGCCUGCCGUCCUCCCCCGGACCCGAGGACAAGGUCCUGGGCGACCUCCUCGAAUCCCUCAUCGGCGCGGCGUACCUGGACCGAGGCAUGGCCGACCCGGAGACGAUACAGCGGGAGCACGGGUGCGGGUGCGGCGUGGACGUGUUCGGGUGCCUCGUGCACAAGAUCAUCAUCGCCGGCCAGGCCCAGCCCGAGGGGGCGAGUUGCGCUCCGGCCGUGGCCCACGGUCCCGGAGCAGCAUUGGGGCACGACAGCGCUGAAGACGUCCGAGAGCUUCUCCAGGUCUUGUGCCAGCGUCGAGGCCUACCCGCGCCCGUCUACAAGGAGGUCGCUCCGGCAACGGAGGGAGAAGGCGUGCGGGUGGAGGUCCACCUCCAACUCGGGCCGGGCACCGGCGCGAGCGAGACCGAAGCUCAGCGGGCGGCAGCACGGGCGGCCCUGCUGCGCUGGUUCGCGUCGUAG